UCGUUCGUUUCACUUGCUUUGAUUUUCGUUGUGGAAGGGUUUAUGAAAUCAUGACUGAUCCUGCUCCAAAGCGCCUGAAACUUGAAGAAGAAGAGAGAAACGCGAUGCUUUCUCCGUUACUUAAAUUUGGGUGGACAGAGGUGGAAGGAAGAGACGCGAUUUACAAAGAAUUUAUUUUCAAAGAUUUUAAUCAAGCUUUUGGUUUCAUGACACGUGUUGGUUUGCAAGCCGAGAAAAUGGAUCAUCAUCCUGAAUGGUUCAACGUGUACAACAAAGUACAGAUUACACUCAGCACACAUGACUGUGGAGGACUGUCUGAAAAGGAUGUCAAACUGGCCAACUUCAUCGAAACCGUCGCCAAAUGAGUCGCGAAGAUCGAAUUGGGUUGGAUUCAACCAAAUGCAAACUAUGCUUUUAGCCUUUUUUGUUGGAAGAGGACUGGCUGUUUUACUGACGGCGAUGGUGUUCAUCGCA